UUUUCUGGCCAAGCAACAUUCUACGACGCUUCCGUGGGCCAGCUGGCGUGCGGUGGUUAUGGCAACAACGAAGCGUACAUCGUCGCCUUGAACUCCGCGCAGUACGGACAUGGCUACCCCGGCCCGCAGUGCGGCAAGUCGCUCACUAUCACGGCCAACGGCGUCACCGUUGGGGGCGUAACGGUAGUGGACGAGUGCCCGACGUGUGCCUUCGGCGACCUCGACCUGACUCCGGGUCUGUUCCGCCGGUUCGCGAGCGAGGACCAAGGCGUUUUCCAGCUUUCGUGGGAGUGG